CCGGCUCCGGCUCCAACAUGAGCUUCCUCAGCCGGCAGCAGCCGCCGCCUUCCCGUCGCGCGAGGGCCGCCUGCAGCUUGCGGCAGAAGCUGAUCUUCUCGCCGUGCAGCGACUGUGAGGAAGAGGAAGAAGAGGAGGAGGAGGAAGAGGAGGAGGAGGAGGAGGGCAGCGGCCACAGCACUGGCGAGGACUCGGCCUUCCAGGAGCCCGACUCGCCGCUGCCGCCAGCGCAGAGUCCCACGGACCCCGGGCCCGAGAGCCGCCGCUCGCCCGGCCAGGCGCCUGGCAGCCCUGGGGAACUGGAGGAGGAGGACAUGCUGCUGGAGGGCGCCAGCCCCGGCGCCGACAGGGAUGCGGCGGGCGGUGGCGCCGAGGGCGACUCGUGGGAGGAGGAGGGUUUCGGUUCGUCGUCGCCGGUCAAGUCGCCGGCCGCCGCCUACUUCCUGGGCAGCGCUUUCUCCCCGCUGCGCAGCGGCGGGCUGGGGGGCGAGGGGCCCGGCUCUCCGCGGCCGGAGCAGCCGGGCACCCCGCCGCACAAGACCUUUCGCAAGCUGAGGCUCUUCGACACCCCGCACACGCCCAAGAGUUUGCUUUCCAAAGCUCGAGGAAUUGAUUCCAGCUCUGUUAAACUUCGUGGUUCUCUUUUCAUGGACUCAGAAAAAUCAGGAAAAAGAGAGUAUGACAUACGACAGACUCCACAAGUGAAUAUCAAUCCUUUUACCCCGGAUUCUGUGUUGCUUCAUUCCUCAGGACAAUGUCGAGGGAGAAAGAGAGCAUACUGGAAUGAUUCCUGUGAAGACAUGGAAGUCAGUGAUUAUGAGUUUGAAGAUGAAACAAGACCUGCUAAGAGAAUUACAAUUACUGAAAGCAAUAUGAAGUCAAGAUAUACGACAGAAUUUCAUGAACUGGAGAAAAUUGGCUCUGGGGAAUUUGGUUCUGUAUUUAAGUGUGUGAAGAGGCUGGAUGGAUGCAUUUAUGCCAUUAAGCGAUCAAAAAAGCCAUUGGCUGGUUCUGUUGAUGAGCAGAAUGCUUUGAGAGAGGUAUAUGCUCAUGCAGUGCUUGGACAGCAUUCUCAUGUGGUUCGCUAUUUCUCUGCCUGGGCAGAAGAUGAUCAUAUGCUUAUACAGAAUGAGUAUUGUAAUGGUGGAAGUUUAGCUGAUGCUAUAAGUGAAAACUACAGAAUCAUGAGUUACUUUAAAGAAGUGGAUUUGAAGGAUCUCCUUUUACAAGUUGGUCGGGGUUUAAGAUAUAUUCAUUCAAUGUCUUUGGUUCACAUGGAUAUAAAACCUAGUAAUAUUUUCAUAUCUCGAACUUCCAUCCCGAAUGCUGCCUCUGAAGAAGGAGAUGAGGAUGACUGGGUAUCCAACAGAGUUAUGUUUAAAAUAGGUGAUCUUGGGCAUGUAACAAGAAUCUCUAGUCCACAAGUCGAAGAGGGUGAUAGUCGUUUUCUUGCAAAUGAAGUUUUACAGGAGAAUUAUACCCAUCUGCCAAAAGCGGAUAUUUUUGCCCUUGCCCUCACGGUAGUUUGUGCUGCUGGUGCUGAACCUCUUCCCAGAAAUGGAGAGCAGUGGCAUGAAAUCAGACAGGGAAGAUUACCUCGGAUUCCACAAGUGCUUUCCCAGGAAUUUACAGAGUUGCUAAAAGUUAUGAUUCAUCCAGAUCCAGAGAGAAGACCAUCAGCAAUGGCACUGGUAAAGCAUUCAGUAUUGUUGUCUGCAUCUAGAAAGAGUGCUGAACAAUUACGAAUAGAAUUGAAUGCUGAAAAGUUCAAAAAUUCACUUUUGCAAAAAGAACUCAAGAAAGCUCAAAUGGCAAAAGCUGCGGCUGAGGAAAGAGCCCUGUUCACUGACCGGAUGGCCACUAGAUCUACCACCCAGAGUAAUAGAACCUCUCGACUUAUUGGAAAGAAAAUGAACCGCUCUGUCAGCCUUACUAUAUACUGAACUCAUUUCCCACCUCCCCCCAAAAAAAUGUGACAAGAGGAAGCUAGGUUGAAAUCACUGCUAGAGUCUACUUUGCAAUUUCUUGGUUGGUCUCAGUAGUUUUACUGAAGUACCUUCUAGGGUUUUUAUUUGUGAAUUACAGUUGAAAGCUGUAUUUUGACCGUUGCUGUAUCAGGCUUUGUCGAAUCUUAGCAGUCCAUGUUCUGUAAGAUGUCAGUCACUGUUGGAUGUUACACCAAGCCUUUGCAGGGUUAACCACUGUGGUGGUGUGCUGCUUACAGUUAUUGUUUGUUGCAUUGUAAUAAAAAGUGUCUUUUCCUGUAGUGACCUGUAUAAAGGACUCAAGGGCUUUAUUAUAGACAUACUCCCUUCAGAAAAGGGAAAUGCUAAAAGACUUAGCCUCUGAUGCACCUGUGUGUCAAUCAUAUAUUUCUGGAGUUUUUUAUUUUUAGAAUUUUUUUUUUAAUUGUGAAUUGUACUUGUAUAUCCAACUGGGAGCACUUUGUAGGCAUUGCAUGAACCAUAGAAUGAUAAUUCUGUGGAAGUAUUGCCUUGUGAAUUUGCUGCUAUUUUAGUUUUGUCUUUGCUGUAAAAUUGUAGCAUUAAACAAUCAUCAUUGUUAAUAGACUUUCUUUUGAAACAAUUAUGUAAUAUAUAGCUGCUCUUGAAAAGCAGCUGUUUGCCUUUUUUUCUCUUAGCUCUUUGAAGCUAGUACAUUGAAAAAAAUGCACCUCUUCCCAUUUGGAAUGCUGUAUUAAUGUAGUAUAAUUAUUACUGGUUUUGUAAUUUUCUGAUAAUGUCCUUGACUUUUUAAAAAUGUCUCCUCCUUCCUCCCAAGUUUUGUACUUAAUUGUAUGGUUAGUCUGUUUUUAAAUAUUUUGCCUGAUUUCUCUUCAUUAUUUUUGUAUAUAAACUGAUCUUGGUAAUACUGUACAUAGCUGUUUGAAAUGCCAGAAUGACUUGUGACUGUUGCAGGUUUUUCAAAAUAUAUUUUAUCUGUUAUUAGCCAUGACUGAUAAUACUGGCUAAUAUAUUUUGCAAAAAAAAAAAAAUGUCUUAGUUUUGGCUUAAAACAUGUUUGCACUUGUCUGCUUGACUUGUGUCUUAUUAACAUUGAUUGGCAUAUUAAAAGUCACUCUGAGCUUA